AUGUCAGCCACCAAUUUUCCACCCUUGAAAAACGACCUUAUUCUUCGUGCCUCGCGAGGCGAAAAGGUCGAGCGGGUGCCUAUCUGGAUUAUGAGACAAGCCGGCCGCUACUUACCCGAAUUCCAGGAAGUGCGUAAACAUCACGGUUUCUUUGAAAUUUGUCGCACGCCCGAACUGGCUUGUCAGUUGACGCUGCAACCCAUCGAUCGUUACGGCUCAUUGUUGGAUGCGUCCAUUAUCUUUUCCGACAUUUUGGUUAUUCCACAAGCUUUGGGUAUGGAAGUGCAAAUGGUCGAAGGUCGCGGUCCCGUCUUUCCGGAGCCCUUGGUCCACCCCAAGGAUGUCGCUCGUCUUCGUGAACACGUCAACGUGGAUCAAGAGUUGGGUUACGUGUAUAAAGCCAUCACUCUGACACGACAUAAACUCGAUGGCCGUGUCCCUCUGUUUGGUUUCACCGGUGCUCCUUGGACACUGAUGGCUUACAUGAUUGAAGGUGGCGGUAGCAAAACACUGUCCAAAGCCAAGACUUGGUUAUGGAAAUUUCCCGAGGAAACCCAUGAACUCUUGCAACGCAUCACUGGUGUCACGGUCGAGUUUUUAGUGGGACAAGUGAGAGCAGGUGCACAGAUGUUGCAAAUCUUUGAUUCCUGGGCGGGCGAAUUGAGCCCUCACGACUUUAGAACCUAUUCCUUGCCUUAUAUCAAACAGAUCGCCACAGAGGUGAAGGAGCGUCUCGCGAGAGAAAACCUCGAGGUGGUGCCCAUGACCAUUUUCGCUAAAGGCGCUUGGUAUGCUUUGGCCGAUUUAACCAACAUUGGAUAUGAAGUGGUGUCCUUGGAUUGGACCAUUGACCCAGAAUACGCGCGUCACGCAACCAAGGACCAGGUCGUGCUUCAAGGCAAUAUGGAUCCUUCCGUUUUGUUUGCCGGUCAUGACGCGAUCCGCGAAACCGCCACACGCAUGGUGCAAGCCUUUGGUAGAGACGGUAAACACAUUGCUAAUCUCGGUCACGGUAUUCUACCCACUGUCGAUCCCGAAGCUCUUCGAACCUAUUUGGAAACUGUGCAAAGAGUCUCCGCCGAAAUUCGCGAAGAUUAA